AUUUGAGUUGCUCAAUGGUGGAUGGUUUGGCGCCGUUUCAUAUCCUUUGCGCCGAAGAAGUUGUUUUUUCCUGCGGUUAAGGACAUCGUGAAAGUAAAGUAUAAUCUACAUGUAAAAUGCCAAGAUGAGUGUAGUAGCAAAAGGAAGUAAUAAGAUUGUGUAUCCUGCGGGAUGCAAAGACCUUUCAGAUGAGUUGGGGAAAGAUGAGCUGGUUCGAAGGCUUAAGUUGCUGGCCCGGGCGUUCCAGGACAUGGGCCAGGAUGACAACAUUGAAGAGUUUUCUGGAUUGGCAGUAAGUCUAGCCACAGACUUUUACAUGGAUCACCAGAGCAAAGAUGUACGAUUGCUUGUCGCUUGCUGUAUUGCAGACGUCUUUAGGAUAUUUGCUCCAGAAGCUCCAUUUAGAGACUCCUCGCUUUUGAAGGAAAUUUUCAUGUUUUUUAUAAAACAACUGAGAGGACUGGAAGAUCCCGAUUCUCCAACAUUCAAAAGAUACUUCUAUUUACUAGAGAACCUAGCAUGGGUCAAAUCCUUCAAUAUCUGCAUUGAGUUGGAUGACAACCAGGAAGUAUUUUGCAACCUCUUCCAGUUGAUGUUUUCAAUUAUGAAUGACAAACACUCUAGCAAGGUAAAGAACUUUGUGCUGGAUAUGAUGACACCACUGAUCACAGAAGCUGAUGCGGUGUCGCAGGAGCUACUGGAUAUUAUCCUCCUUAAUAUCAUAGAACCAUAUAAGACCCAAAAUCGUGUUGCAUACAACAUGGCUCGUGAUUUGCUGAUCAGGACCAGUAAUGCCAUUGAGCCGUACAUACAGGCAUUCUUCAACAAUGCACUGAUGCUUGGUAAGAUGUCAGAAAGUGAGGUGUCUGACAGACUGUAUGAACUGAUCUAUGAGCUGAAUCACAUCUCCCCCAGCGUGUUGCUUGCUGUUCUCCCACAGCUCGAGUUCAAACUCAAGAGUAAUGAGGAAUCUGAGAGAAAGGCUGUUACAAAGUUACUGGCCAAAAUGUUUUCUGACCAAGGAUCAAAUCUUGCAGAACAAAACAGACCACUUUGGAAUUGUUUUCUUGGAAGGUUCAAUGACAUCAGCAUCCAUGUACGCCAGACCUGUGUGGCAUAUGCACAGCAUUUUCUCUUGAACCACCUGGAAACAUACAAAGACAUUGUGGAACAGCUGAAGAUUCGGCAGCAUGACCCUGAGGAGACCGUGCGGAUGGAGGUGGUCAAUACCAUACUGGGUUUAGCCAAGAAGGACUUCAACAGCAUCACUGAGGAACUCAUUGGAUUCAUUAAAGAGCGCACACUUGACAAGAAGUACCAGAUCAGACGAGACUCCCUGAUGGGACUUGGCCAGCUGUACAAGAAGUAUACAUUCUCUGAGCGUGUGGACAAGGCCAACCAAGAUAAGGUGUGCUGGGUGAAGGACAAGGUCUUCCAUGCCUACUACCAGAACAGCAAUGAAGACAGAUUGCUGGUAGAGAGGGUGUUUAAUACCUGCCUGGUGCCCUAUAACUCGCCUGUGGAUGAGAAGAUGAGACGUCUCCUGCUUCUCUACUGUACUCUUGAUGACCACGCUGUAAAAGCAUUUAAUGAGAUGCUGAAACACAAGAAUAGUGUAAAGAACCUGGUCCAGCAGCUGGUUGAAGUUUUUGAGCAGUCAACACAAGGAAAUACUUUAUCAUUUAAACCCAAAAUAGCCGCUCUUGCACGUACUCUGCCCGAGUCUGGAAAGUCCUCUGAUCACCUGAAGAAGCUAUGUCAGAUGCUGAAGGAAGAUAAGAGGAUGAGGCAGUACCUGAAGCUUCUCGUCGGUGAGGAGUGUACAUGUAAACGAGCUCAGGAACUCGUGCGUGAGGUUCUGAAGAAACUAGGGAGCCCUGCCCCUGGCCAGCAGAACCAGUUCUAUAACACAGUCAAACUGCUGUUAGAGAGGGUAGCCCCAGUCAUGAUUGACACCAGUUCAAUCAAUAUGCUGGUCAAACAUGUCGACGAGACAGUUCGUGGCCUCGGCAUCAUUACUGAAGGAAUUGAUGAUGCAGCAGAAAAAGGAGUUCGACUCCUCUCAGCAUUGUCUGCUGUAUACCCGCAUUACUUCAAGGAUGAGGAGACGUAUCAAGAACUACUGACUUUCCUUAAACAUGAGGAUGAAGCUGUCUCUGAUUUGACCCUACAGAUCUUCAUCAACACUGGUAAAAAGCUUCAGGCAGAACUGCCCGUUAUAUACUCGAGUUUGCUGCCCAUCCUACAGAGUACAGCCAAGCUGGGCAAUCCCAAACAGAGCAAGCAUGCUCUUCGCUGUAUCAAUAUUGUGUGUAAAAAUAAGGAGCUCAUAUUUGGACAGAUAUUUGAGCAUUUGAAGAAAUCCCUGAACCCAGAUAGUGCCAAUUACCUGACGUCUAUUGUUGCUCUUGGUCACAUUGCCCUGUACUGUCCUGAGGAGUUCUCGGCUGAGAUGAAGAACAUUGUCUCAAAGUUUAUUGUUAAGGAGCUGCUUAUGCAGGAUCAAACAGUGGGGGCAGACAGUGUGGAGAGUUGGUACUCGGAGCAUCAUGUCUCUGAAGAAACCAUGGCCAAGGUCCAAGCUAUGAAGCUUUUAGUACGCUGGUUACAGGGAAUAAAAAGCAAUGCCAACAACUCUGGUACGUCUACACUACGGCUCCUGUUCACCGUCAUCAAACAUGAAGGUGACCUUAUGGAGAGAGGCAGAGUCAACAAGCCAGAGCUAGCUAGAUUGAGAUUGCAGGCAGGAUGUUGCAUGCUCAAGUUAGCGGAGGACCGUUGCUACUCAGAGCUCAUAUCUCAGGAACAGUUUCAGACCCUGGCCCUUCUCAUGAAUGAUAGUUGUUACCAUGUUCGUCUGAACUUUGCACUGAAACUCCACAAAGGAUUGCUGAGCUUGAGGUUACCAUUAGAGUACAUGAGCAUAUUCUGUCUGGCAGCCAACGACCCAUUACGGGAACGACGGGCUCAGGUCAAGUUAUUCUAUCAGCAGAACAUCAACAAACGGCGAGAGUACCUGAAACAGACUCCUGCCAUAAAGGGGCGGAUGUUCCACUUCAUGCCAGAUUAUGUGAUACCGUAUGUCAUACAUCUGCUUGCACAUGACCCAGAUCUUUCUGCACACGACCAUGUCUCCGCACUAAAGAAUAUCAAAGAGUGCUUGUCAUUUAUAAUGGAACCUUUGAUCAACAAGAGUGAGGAUUACAACUACAACUUCUUCAGGCGAAUGUUAGAGAAUAUCAAACAGACCAAAGACGCAGAAGCUCCCGAAGAUGAGAAUAUGAACAGAAAACUGUACAGUGUGUGUGAUGUGGCGCUGGGGAUACUCAACAGUAAGCCCUCUAAUAUAACACUUAAGGAUUCCACCGUUGAGCCUGUGUUACCUGCCAAACUCUUCACUCGCCCAGAUAAGAGCUACAGCAACACAAAGAGCUAUCUACCUAAAGAAUUUGUAAUUGAUGGUCCCAAGCGGAAAGCUCCGGUAUCGGGUCCCAAAGGUCCAAGUGCCCAGGAGAUCAUUGUAGAGAGUCCCGGCCCUGUGGUCAACCGACUGCCCGUCUGUCCCAGAGAACCUAAGAGGAAGAAGGCUUCUUCCACACAAGUCCAGACCAUGAGUGAUUCUGAAAAUGAUUCUGGAGGUGAAGAGGAAGUCAUGUUUAAACCUGUUCCUGAUGGACCAAAAAAAAGAGGACCAAAAAAGAAAGACCGAGGUAUCCAGGAUGUGUAUGUAAAGCCCAAAGGGAGGGGUCGAGGUGCCGCGAAAUCUAUGGACAGUCCAGCUAAGCGACCGG